AUGCUUCGACGCUCAAUCAGAUUUAGUGUGGGUGUCGGAUCUCUCUUUGAUUUGGCCUGCUUAAACAAAGCUUUGGCUGAAACAGCUGCUGAUUUUGGGGGUAAUGUUGGGGCUAUAACUGGGGUACGUCGUAAGCCUUCUCAUCAAGUUGAUGCUGGGGAUGAGUAUGGUGAAAAUGAGAGUUUUGGUUCUAGUGGGAAACAGAGUGAAUCCCUCUUCGAUGAGAUUGUCAGACGUGAUUCUCUCCCAAACAUGCCGAAAAAAAUGGCCAAAAAAAUCUUACGAAAACAACAAAACAAAUACUUGUCUAGAGGACAUCGAAUUGAUCAAUGGUCAUUUUUCCUCUUCCCAUUAGCCUUCUCCUUUUUUAAUGUAUUAUAUUGGGCUUAUUAUUUGGGCAGACGAAGGCAUGAAUAAAUUUAUUGAUUAAAAAAUUUUUUUUUAAAUUUUUUUUCUAUUGUCUGUUUAAAUUUUAUAGACAAUAAAGAGAAUUUACUUCCUUCACUUCCCUAUUCCUUUAAAUUUAAAUUAAAUUUUAAUAAAGGAAGAAUUUUUUAGAAUGUCUUUUUAAAUUUUUUUAUUAUCUCUUCCGGCAGUUUAUAGAAUAAAAAAAAAUUUUUUCAAUGUCUUCUGUCCUGUCUUCCUCAAAUGAAUUCCUUCAGAAUAACCCCUCGUAUUAUUCACAGUAAAUAGUCGCGGUAAAGUUGAGAGAGACCGGAGAGGGAGAAACAUUGAGAGAGAGAGAGAUUUAAAAUUGGGAGAGACUAGAGACUGGACCG